CCACCUUAUGUGAAUUCGCCUUGGUCGAUGACGACAGACAACCAAAUAGACUCACGGAAAGAAACUUUGUUUCGACAAAUUAAAAUAAAAUUUAUAUUUUCGCACUUUUAUAAAAUUUUUAAAGGGUUUUAUUAAUACUAACUACAAGUAAUAUUAAAAUCAAUAUUCAAAUAUAAUGUCUCAAGAAGUUGAAGAAAUUCUCAAACGUAUACAGUCACAUAAAGGUGUUGUCGGUACUAUUGUAGUCAACAACGAAGGCAUUCCAGUUAAAUCAACUCUUGAUAACACCACAACAGUGCAGUAUUCCGGCUUAAUGAGUCAAUUGGCCGACAAAGCUCGAAGUGUUGUGCGUGAUCUGGAUCCAUCAAACGAUUUAACAUUUUUAAGAGUUCGUUCCAAGAAGCAUGAAAUAAUGGUUGCUCCUGAUAAGGACUUUAUUUUAAUCGUCAUUCAAAAUCCAACUGACUAAGCUGCUUUUUUGGUCAUUUCAUUAUGUUUAAUUAAUUAUACACGUUAAUUUGCAAAACUAAACAAAAAUCCUCUAAACUAUUAAAAGAACCAUUUCCCGCAAAAUUUUAUUAUAUUUUAAUAUUUUAUAAGCUAACAGUCCUAAAGUUUUAAAUAAGACCAAAAGUCUAGUUUUUAUACCUUUUGGCAAUGUAUAGGUAUUACCUAUUACACAUUUUGGGAAUGUAAAUACAGGUAUAUACUUAUAUUUAUUAUAAAUAUACCUUGCCUUUGAGGUUACCCCAUACUCGAUUCGUAACAUUAACGGUAUUUUGUUAAUGUUAUUUAAGAAUUAAUGGUAGUGAACUGAAAGGAUGUUUUAACACUAAUCAAAAUGUAGCUAAUAAAUAAGUAAUUUAUUUGUA